GAGCAUUAUCUAAUACGGCAAUCAAUGCUAAACGUAGUACAACUGCGUUCUUCAGCGUGCGCUACGAGGUUGGAUUUCUCCAUUUUUGAUUUGUUGAUCACCAAAAUACUCCAAUAGAGACUACGGAUUUCCCGAAACUGCAGUCGCGAAAGGUACUAUCAGCUGCAGAAAUUUGAUACGAGAGUUGGUGAGAAAUCAUGGCGGGCAGUUUGAGAAGAAUUGGAGGAUUGGGUUUUGUGAUUCCCGGAGGAAAGCAUGGCCUCGGAAAAUGGCGGGGGUUUUCUUCUUCAGUUGUGGAGGAAAAGGGUGUACAAGAAACUGGGAAGUCUUCUAUGAAUCUCUUCUCUGCUGUAAAUCAAGCUCUUCAUAUCGCCUUAGAUACUGAUCCCCGUGCUUAUGUAUUUGGAGAAGAUGUGGGUUUUGGCGGUGUCUUUCGUUGCACUACGGGGUUAGCUGACCGGUUUGGUAAACAUAGAGUUUUCAACACUCCUCUCUGUGAACAGGGUAUUGUCGGGUUUGCAAUUGGUUUGGCAGCAAUGGACAAUCGGGCAAUAGCAGAAAUUCAGUUCGCAGACUAUAUUUUUCCUGCUUUUGAUCAGAUUGUCAAUGAAGCUGCAAAGUUUAGAUAUCGGAGUGGUAACCAAUUCAACUGUGGAGGCUUAACCAUAAGGGCACCAUAUGGAGCUGUUGGACACGGGGGGCAUUAUCACUCACAAUCCCCCGAAGCUUUCUUUUGCCAUGUCCCCGGUAUAAAGGUUGUCAUUCCUCGGAGUCCGCUGCAAGCAAAAGGAUUGUUGUUGUCAUCCAUACGUGAUCCGAAUCCGGUUGUCUUUUUUGAACCAAAGUGGCUUUACCGUUUGGCCGUAGAAGAGGUUCCAGAAGGCGAUUACAUGUUACCGCUAUCUGAGGCAGAGGUAAUGAGAGAAGGAAGUGAUAUAACGCUUGUCGGCUGGGGAGCUCAGCUAUCCGUUAUGCAAGAGGCCUGCAUUGAAGCGGAAAAGGAAGGGAUCUCUUGUGAAUUGAUCGACCUCAAAACCUUGAUACCGUGGGAUAAGGAAACAGUAGAGGCCUCCGUAAAAAAGACAGGAAGGCUUCUGGUUAGCCAUGAAGCUCCAAUAACCGGAGGAUUUGGUGCUGAAAUUUCUGCUUCUAUAGUCGAACGCUGCUUUACGAGAUUAGAAGCUCCGGUUGCCAGAGUUUGCGGGUUGGACACACCUUUUCCUCUCGUGUUCGAGCCCUUCUAUUUGCCAACAAAGAACAAGAUACUGGAUGCAAUCAAAUCGACGGUAAACUACUAGUGCAGCGACGCCCCUGCCCGAAAGAAAUUGACAUGUUCCAAACUCUCAGCAUCUUGGCAGAUGAAGGAAAACAUUUCAUCUAUUUUACCUAGCCAUGGAAUUGUAAAAAGUCAUGGUUUAUGGACAUUCAAUGUGGUCAAAUGCUCAAGUAUUGCCAACUACUCAAUUCAUCUUUAUAUAUACAUAUAGUUUCUGAAA